CCCUCUACUCGCGCGCGGGGCAGCCACGGCGCGUCCAGCCCGGCGGCCGUCUGCACCCGCUUGUGGCCUCCUUGUCGCCCAAGGAUCGGCUCUGCCGCCCCGCGAAACCAGAAUCUAUGGCUACCCUUGCCCUCUUUCAUCCAACAUUCCUCUUGGUAUUUCUGUCCUUGAGACUUUAUCAAAGUGAAGUCUUGUCUGAGCCUUUGUCACUGAUUCCUGGAUCCCUGCAAGUAACCACUAGUUCUCUCGAGCAGUCUUUGCAUUUACAAUGGAAAGUCCACGGUCUAUCUAGUGAUCAGGGAAAUCAAUCAAUGACUUUUCAGAUUGAGAUCAGUAGAUCUAAUAUAUCCAAUGUCAUCAGGAUGGAGAAUUAUACCACUACUGUGAAACAGAAUCAAACUUUGAAGUGGAGCUGGGUAUCUGAGCUUCCAUUGGAAUGUACCUCACACUUUGUAAGAAUAAGAAGUCUGAUGGAUGAUGCCAAGUUGGUCUGGAAUGAAUGGAGUUCCUGGAAGGAAGGUAAGGUGUUGCCUUCAUCUGCACAUAAACCAUAUUCUUUUUACCCUGAAGACAAGGUGGUGGAAGAAGGAUCGAAUGUCACCCUGUGCUACUUUGCUAGGAGGAAUCAAGAGAGAAAAUGUUAUUUAAAUAAUGAGAAGCAGAUCUAUGGAGAACAGCUUGAGUUAAAUGUUAUUGUGUUUCGUUUGAAUCAUAUUCCCUUUCAUAGACAAACAGGGUCCAAUGUCAAUUGUAGAAGUCGUGAUAAAGAAGAGUCAUACCCUGGCACAGUUGUUUUUGUUGUUAGAUUUCCUGUUGCAUUCUUGAGCUUCUUGACAGUUUUAUUCCUAAAAGUCAAGACUAUUGAAGGGGAGAAAGUUGAAGGCAUGAUCCGGGAAAUAGCUUGCCUGGCCUUAGAUUCAUUGGAAUUAGCACAAGACCCCAAAAGAUGCCAAGAAAAAAUUAAGGACUUUUCUUGUGAAACCCAGGACUUCAAGACUUUGACCUGUACUUGGGACGCAGGGCCUGAACCUGGUUUAUUUGAUUCAGAAACUGAAAGUUAUUCUUUACUUGAAUCAAUUUCUGGGAAUAAGAUCCUUUGUCAACACAACCACUAUUGCAAUUGGCCAAUAACUCAAGACUCACAAGAAAUGUAUAACUUCACACUUUUGGUGAAAUACAGGAAUGGCAAGAGAAGUGUCAAUCUUGGUUUUAACCUGACGCAUCGAGUCCACCCAAAGGCUCCCUAUGAUUUAUACCCUAAAAAUGUCACGGCCAGAAGUGCCACCAUAACUUGGAAGGUAUACUCCCUUGGGAAAGGGCAUUCACUUUUGUGCCAGCUUGAACUUCUAGAAAAUGGAAGCCUACUGAUGCUACACAAUGUUUCUGUUGAAGAGAAUGGUUAUUACUUCUGGCAAGAUCUAAAACCUGACACAUAUUAUGUGUUCACGGUAAAAUGUGCUUAUUUAAACCACUUCUGGAAAUGGAGUCGACCAGUUACAACGGCUUUCAACACACUUGAAGAUGUACCCUCAAAGGCCCUUGAUGUCUGGAGAAUGGUUGAAUCCACACAGGGACAAUAUAAUGUGACUUUAUUCUGGAAGCCUCUAUCAAGAUUACAUGCCAAUGGGAACAUUUUCUCUUAUAACCUAACUGUACAAAAUCUAGACAAACCUUCCAUGUCAUACUCUGAGCGUAUUUUUACGACCCAUAGCAAGGAAUUAACCCUCAACCACUCUUCUUACAAAAUCCUCAUCACAGCAGUUAAUGGUGCCGGCUCUUCUCCUGCUUCAGUCAUUGGCAUCUCUGCAGAGCCUGAAAACAAUGUUAAAGAAGAAAGAGUUAAUGCCACAAAGGGGGGAGUCUUUUUGUCUUGGAAACCCCAGUCAGAAGAUGUCGUCAGCUAUGUGGUGGAUUGGUGUGGCAAUCCCCAAAGCCAGACCUGUGAUCUCCAGUGGAAGAAGUUGGAUCGCAAUACUACAAGUACGGUCAUCAGCUCAGAUGUUUUGAAAAGUGGGAUCCGAUAUAACUUCAGAAUUUAUGGAAUUUCUACCCAAAAUUUUGCGUAUUUAUUAGCGAAAAAAAUAGGCUACAGUGAGGAAUUGGCUCCCACAACCGAACCUCAAGUGCUCGUGACUGAAUUGACACACCACUACUUCACUCUGAACUGGUCAAAAUAUUCUCAUGAUGAUGCUUCCCAGAAGGGCUUCAUCCAAGGGUACAAUGUCUAUCUGAAAUCCAAGGAGAACUGCCCCAGAGAAUUUAAAAAGGUGGUUUGUAAAGUGUGCGGCAGCAGCCCGGAAAAGGCGCAGUGUGAACUCACAGCUCGCCUGCGCCCUCAUUGGACCGUUCAUUAUUAUGAAGAUGGUAAUGUUCAACUAGUGAGUCAUAAAGAUAUACAAGAUUCUCUAACAGUGCCUAAUGAAGUGCAAACAGCGAAAGAAUUUAUAAAGAUUGUAGAAGCUGCAGAAAAUGAAUAUCAGACUGCCAUCAGUGAGAAUUACCAGACCAUAUUGGACACUACAUUCAAAGCCUUACGUCGACAGUUGCCAGUAACAUGCACCAAGAUUGAUUGGAACAAGAUUCUUAGCUACAAGAUUGGUGAUUCAGCAUGUUGCAAGUACAAAAUUGACAAUCCACAAAAAAAGAUAUUUACACUGGAAAACCUUCAGCCAGGCUACUAUGAAUACACCGUCACUUCAUACAACAGUGUCGGCGAAAGCAUCCCUUCCUUCAAAGAGGUCGAAAUCCCAAAGGAAAACUCCCAUUUGCUGAUAUCUAUAUUAAUCCCCAUGAUUUUCAUUGUUCUAAUCAUGAUGAUUGUCUGCUGCUUUAAAAGUGAUUGGAUGAAAGAAAAAUGUUUUCCUGAUAUUCCUGAUCCUUACAAGAGCAGUGUCCUCUCAUUAAUAAAAUACAAGAAUCCUCACCCAACAAUAAUGAAUGUCAAGGACUGUAUACCAGAUGCUAUUGAAGUCAUAAAAAAGCCAGAAGGGAAUAAGAUACAGUGCUUAAGCAGUAGAAAGUCACUCAUAGAAACUGAACCUCAGCCUGCCUAUCUUCAUAUCCUCCCAACAGAGAACUGUUCCAACCCUGGAUCUUGCAUCUGUUUUGAGAAUUUGACCUAUACUCAGACAGCUUCUGGUUCUAGUUGUUGUGACCAUGUUCUAGUACCUCCUAAAGUCCCACCAAAUCACCUGGAAUUACUGACUUCACCUGAAAAGUUACAAACGGCACUAAAAAAAGAUUAUGUGAAUUCCCUGGGAGAAACCCAAGCUGGAGAAACUACUUUGAAUUAUGUGUCCCAGUUGGCCUCACCCAUUUCUAGAGAUAAGGAUAGUGUACCAACAAAUUGUCCACUUCCAGAACUUUGUUCUGAGUAUAAAAUGCAAGUAGCUAUAUCUGCCUCCACCCAGAGUGAGAAUAACAGUGCCCCCUCCAAUAUCCUUCUAGACCUAGGUGAACACUUCUGCUAACACAUCCAGCGUUAUUAUUUCAUACCUUUAUGCUAUGAAGAAAGGCAGAACUAGCACCAUUCCAUCACCAGAUG